AUGUCGGACGCGAUAGCCACGGCCGCUGGCAUCCACUUCGAACCCUCCGCGGCCGGGGGCUUCGGAAGCAGUGGCAGCAUCAGUGACGGUGGCCCCGAAGGGACAAAAAGGGACGAGAAGCGGCUCUCACCUCCGCUUCCGCCUUCUCCAGGUCCAUCAGAGGGGCAGUUGGGUCUCCUUAGCGCCUCAGAGAAUGAAGAUAUAACUCAGCGGCCAGAACCUACACCCCAGGCAGAAGUCAGUCUGGGAAAUGAUACCUCACUAUGCAGGCUGCAGAAUGGGUCCUCUCUAAAUGAAGAUAUUGCAAAGGAUUCUGAGUGUGGUCAUGGAAAUCAAGAAGAACAAGAUGUAGCAGGAAAGGAGAUCCUAACAGAUCAAGUCCAGCAACAAAAGGAGGAGGCUCUUGUGCAGGUGAGAAAAUGCCCUACUCCAGAAGGGCCAGGUGAUAUAGUCAUGAUACAAUCAGAGUACACUGGCGCCAUAGAUGUCCUCUCAGCAGAGCUCGAAACAACUGAUCUGCUGGGAGAGCAGAAAAAAGCUCGACCACCUCCUCUGAUUCCACCAACCACUUGGACCAGCUCCAAAAUAAGAGAUUUCAAAGCAAAGAUGGCCAAGGAAAAGAAUACCCGAAUGGUGGUCAAACGGGGUGAGGUGUUAACAGUCCGGGUGCCAACUCACCCAGAUGGAAAGCGUGUCUGCUGGGAAUUUGCCACAGAAGAUUAUGACGUUGGUUUUGGGGUCUAUUUUGAUUGGACUCCUGUUACUAGCACUGCCAUUACUGUCCAGGUCAGUGAAUCAAGUGAUGAAGAAGAUGAAGAGGAAGAGUUUGAAGGACCUAUCCCUGUUGGUGAUGUGGAAAGGGGUUCCAAAAGCUAUUUGAGAAGCCGUUAUGGGGAGAUCAUGCCAGUCUACCGAAGAGACAGCCACCAUGAAGUGCAAAUAGGCAGCCACGAGUAUCCAGGCGAGGGCAUCUAUUUGCUCAAAUUCGAUAACUCUUACUCCCUCCUACGCAACAAGAUUCUUUUCUUUCAUGUCUAUUAUACCAGCUAAGCAAGGAUGGAAUGGGUGAGAUGUAAAGAACUGGAGCCAGGUCUGUGACUAGAGGUACUGCUUGAUAGCCAAAUCUUAUAUGCAUCUCUGUGCUUAUGUGCAGAUGACUCCUUUCAGUUGCGCUUCACUAUGAAGGUGGGGCAAGCAAUCACUGGCAGUUCCACUUUGUUUUAUGCAGACACCAUGCUGGAUUUUUAGCCUCAGCAAAGCAAGUCACCGGACUUCAAGUGUUUGCCUUUCCUUUCUAUUGCACUUGUAUGAACUCAGAAAUAUGCCUUUUACUUUUUGGGUAAAUAUGUUCUCUUCUAAUAUGCUGGCUGCAAAAAUUCACUUGGAUCAACUGCCAAAGCAGCCUGUAGAACUAGUGCUAUUACUGUGAUGUAAUGCGUUGUCGUUUGCCUGGUCCCUGAGAAUCUCAUGAAAUUGAAUGUAAGCCUUCCACACCACUGGAAGCGUGCCUUUCUUCUGCCUCCAACCACACUGGCAUGUUCAGUGCAAGGCACAGCCGGGAUUCAGUUUUUGACAUACAUAUUUGGAUAGCACAGCUUGACUUGAAUCAAAGGUCAGAGUUGAUUGAAGAGUCAAGACCUCAUGAAUUCUCUCUUAAUCAAGGGAGUAAAAGAUCUAUGGGAGAAGGAAACAUAAACCAUAAAACUCUUGUUUUGGGGAAAUAAUUGAAAAAGCUGUCAUCAACAGAAAUUACUUCUGGUUCCUUCACACCUUUUAAGGCACAAUGUGCUGAUUGGCUUUUUUUCAUAAAUUUAGCACAGCGUUAGAUAUAAUUGUCAAACUAGAAUUGAGUAGGUAAAGGUAAAGGUUUUCCUUGACUUUAAGUCUAGUUGUGUCCGACUCUGGGAGGUGGUGCUCAUCUCCAUUUCUAAGCUGAAGAGCAGCCAUUGUCCAUAGAUGCUUCCUAGGUCAUGUGGCUGGCAUGACUGCAUGGAGCACCAUUACCUUCCCGCAGAAACAGUAUCUAUUGAUCUACUCACAUUUGCCUGUUUUCGAACUGCUACAUUGGCAGAAGCUGUGGCUGAUAGCAGGAGCUCACUCCGCUCUCCAGAUUUGAACUGCCAACCUUUCGGUCAGCAAGUUCAGCAGCUCAGUGGUUUAACCUGCUGUGCCACCAAGGGGCCCUUAUAUAGACUUGACUAAAAGGAUAUAAAAUCCUCUAAUAAGUGGAAGCUCAAGACUGACAUGGGAUAUUCCGGGUAUUUGUUUUUUAAAAAAAUGCAUCACCUUGACAGUCAAAUUGAAGCAGUCUGUUCUCUGCUGCCUAUCACUUCUUACAUAUCUAUAGUCUGGAUGUGGUUAUAUGAUUGUUGUGCUUCUUACGUUUGCUAUGCUUCACUUCAGCUCCCCGACAGUAUGACAUUUCAAACACGCAGGUCUAAGUGCACCUACCCAAACCCAACUCAAACAAAAUAGUACAGGACACAAAGUGACAGUGAGGCAAUCAUUGACCCACACAUUAGCCCUUUUCCAUCUUCAAUAAGGGCUUUGAGUUCUUAGUCCUGAUAAGGAUUCUGCAGUUUGUCCAUGUUUUGUUAUGAUAUGGUCUCCACCAGUGGGUCUAGGCCUUAUUUUUGACAUCCAUCAUUGAAGCUCUCAGGACUAUCAGUAACCAAUAAGAGUCUCUUUUCACACAUACCAUACAGAGUUCAGCUGCUAUUGCCAGUUUUUAAUUAGUAGCACAAUUUCCUAUUCCAUAUCGGAAUUUGGCAAUUGCAUCAUCUGUCGUUCACAGCUCAGGUCUUAGAGGAUAUAUGUAUGUAGCUUAUGGUUGUCUCUGCAGCAGAGGAUGUAUAAAUGUAUACAAAGAUUUCAGAUGCAAAUGUGAAUAUGCCUUUCAAAACAACUGCUGUCUGUGACAUUUUGUCUAAUGUGUUUUUACUUGGUUCUUUGCAUGAUUGCAGCAAACAUUCAUAGUUUAUCAUAGAUUUUUGGAAACCCUUCUAGGGAAAGCCGUUGUUGUAUCAGGUUUAGUGAGGGGAACACAUAAAGCCAAAGAACCCAUUUUCCAAAAAUGCUUCAUAUUCUCUUUGCCAUAUUAUGUACUUUGCUAAGUGAAGCUAAUAAUGUAACUAGAAAAGUAAAUAGAACAAGGAAAGACCAUUUUUGCAAUCGAUACAUUUUUAACAGAAAAGGUUCAUGGAAUUAUAUCCUAGACUUUUUUUCAUUUCUGCUCACUUUAAAAAAGGGAGUCAAGUGCAAUUUAUCUUUCAUCAGGAUGUGAUGUGAGAAACAAAUACACAACUUGUUGUAGACCAAUAACAUGAAAAGGAGAAAUGAAUACAGUACUUGGUUUAGGAUGGGGAAUCACAAACAAUUUAGUACUAAUUGAAAAUGAAAAAUCUUUGACGUAAAGGAUAGCACAUAUAUUUCUUUCUCUAUAAAUGAGCUGCAUAGGAAGUGGUCUCAGACACUUCCCUCAUUUAUUUUGUCUCUUUUAAUUACCCGUAGACAGCUUUUUAACAACUUGCCUUCCCCGAAUGUAGAUUUAAACUGUGGUUAUUUGUAAUUAUUCAAGGUAUUUCCCCUGAAACCUUAAUCUAUUUACUUUCCACACUAUACAUAGCUCAUGUUUUAUGUGUCCAUUUUGAACACAAGGGCACUUUUUUCGUGUCAGGAGCGACUUGAGAAACUUCAAGUCACUUCUGGUGUGAGAGAAUUGGCUGUCUGCAAGGACAUUGCCCAGGGAAUGCCUGGAUGGUUGAUGUUUUACCAUCCUUGUGGGAGGCUUCUUUCAUGUCCCUGCAUGGGGAGCUGGAGCUGUCAGAGGGAGCUCAACCUGCUCUCCCCGGAUUUGAACUGCGGACCUAUCAGUCAGCAGUGCUGCUGGCACAAGGGUUUAACCCAUUGUGACCCCAGGGGCUCCACAAGGGCACUGUUUUGUUAGACAUUGGAGAUGAUGGGUAGUUGUUUUAUUUAAAGUUCUUCCUGAAUAAGGAGUAUAGAAAUAGAGGUUGUAUAUAUUAAGUGUGCAUGUUUGAGCUAAUAUUGUGCAUGCCUAAUUAUAACAUUUGCUUAAAGACUUUUUUUGCCAAGCAAUAAGGACUGUGCUCUCCCAGAUGAUAGAAAACAGGAUCUUAUUUCUGGCUGUCAGGAACUAAUUUGAAGAUGAAGGACAGAAUUUGAAAUGGUUGCUUUUAUUGUGUAAUUCUAUUCAUGCUGCUGAGGUUUGCAUCAUGUGACAAUGUCUGCCUGGUCACAUCCUUCCCUCUUCAAAAAUUUUCAAACUUUGUAGUGGCAUCAGAUUAUAUAUCCUACCCAAAUACUAUCCAAAAUAUCUGAUCCAAAUACUUGCCAGACCAAGACUUGCUCAAGCAUAGGGGUGGCACCAAUCUAUGCCAUCAUAUGCCAUAGGUUGGUAUCUUCUCAUCAUAAACCUCUUACAAAAUAAAUAAUGAAAUAAUUGAAUCACAGACCGAAAAACUUUGGAGGCCUCUGUGAGAAACAGCUAAGAAAAAUGUACAUACUAGUUUUGAAUUGAUGCAGUUAAUUUUUGUCAUUUUUACAUGCAUUGGUGUAGAUCACGCAUGGGCUAGCUUUGGACCUCCAGGUGUUUUGGACUUCAACUCUCACGUUUCCUAAAAGCCUGAGACUCUUUCCUUUUAUGUGGCUGAGGGGGAAAACAAAAGGGCCUAAGGCUGUUAGGAAUGGUAGGAGUUGCAGUCCAAAACACCUGGAGGGCUGAAGUUUGCCCAUGCCUGGUGUAGAUGGAAGAGAAAUGCAAUUUCAGAUAAAUCAGCUAUAGUUUCAGAAUGGUUGAAACAUAGGAUAGACAUUUUCUAAAAUUAUAUGACUAACUUUAUAUUUGAUGUACUUUGAGCAUUGUUCUGCAUGAUAACUAUUAACUAUUGGCUAAUUUAUUUCUUUUCAUCAUGUACAGAAGUAACAUGAUGAAAGAAUGAAAAAUAUAUAGCAAUUAAAGAUAGGGAGGAACUAUUCAUGUCUACCAUCCAAUCUUGGUAGCUCUUAAAAAAGAUUCUCUGAAUGUUUUAUGGCUUUUUAUAACCUAAUUUUGCCCUCUUUUAGUUCUUCCUCUUAUUAAAAAACUCAUGAAUUACUGUUGUUAAUUUUAUUUAUUUCUUCUAUUUAUUGCUGUAAUAAAAUUCCAUUUGGUCAGGUUUCUGUGUACUUAGUAUAAUAAAGAAGGCUAUUAGAUAAAUGAUAAUCUAUGUGACAAUCCAUUCUAAGGAACUCUUAAUGUUACUUGGAGAAAAUUAAAACUGCCUUGACAAUCGCCUUAAAACAGUUAAGGGUGUCAGAAUUAAAAAGAACUAUGGGAUAUAAUGUGGUUAUAGUGUUUUGAGUGUUGCAUUAUGACCCUGGAGACCAGAGUUUGAAUCCCUACUCAGUCAUGGAAGCCCAUAGGGUAACUUUUAGAAAGUCAAAUUUUCUCCAGCUCAGAGGAACCCAUGAUAAACCCCUAUGAUAGAGUCACGCUAAAUCAGAAAUGACCUAAAGGGACAUAAGAACAAUAUGACAUAAACCAAAUCUAUAUUCCUGUUCAAAUGCACCUGGGGGUAAGUACCAUUUUAGUUCAUUGGGGCUUACUUCUAAGUUGAUAUGCAGAAGAUUGUACGUAUUAUUGAACUUAUAGAAAGAAUCCUAUUGACUUGUGCCUUCAAAGCAUGUUCUUGUUCUUCCUUUCUUGAAUGACAAGUUUAAGACAGUUCAUUGCAGUGAUAUAACCUGACUUCUGACUAUGUUGUUUGGAGGAAUAGACAGUGCCUGCUUUUAGUUGUUCAUUCUCUACUGCUCAGACCAUGACACCAAGAUAGGAAUCCAUGCAGCAGAAGAGCCUGUGCAUUGUUUGUUUUGUGGCCAUGAUUAUCUGGGGGAAAUCAGUUGGACAAAUGCUCUGUUUAAUCUUAAAGCAUGCUGUGGCCUUAAGUGGCUCUUUUGUUUUGCAAUAUAGGCAGUCCUCGAGUUACAAACAUCCAACUUACAAAAGAUUCAUAGUUAAGACUUGGGCUGAAGCAACAGGAAAUGAGAGGAAUCUACCUCUCAGAAGAGUAAUUCAUUAUUAAAAGAGUUUUUAUGGGGAAAAGGUGUUUCCACUAAAGCUUUAUCACCAAUACUUGUUUCCACAACAAGCCAAAAAUUUCAAAAUCCAAUUAUCACAGGGACAGAAAGUGAAGUGAAAUCUUCUGAACAGACAGCAAAACAUGUCUGUGCUAUCCAAAAUACUUGUUCAACUUAAGAACAAACCACAGAACCUAUAACUUGGGGACUGCCUGUAGUUAGUUUGCCACUGAUCAUUUAGCAAUGGUAAAUCCUAGAAAGCAAGAUUAAUAUGGGUUGAGUUUUGUUUAUUUGUUCUUGUUUAAACAAAGGAUGUGCGAUUUCAGAAUAUUGUGUUUCCUUAAGAGGCAGACUUUUGAGAAUUGCUAGUCUUGAACAGAGAGCAGUUACUUCCUUGUUCGUUCCUUUACCCAUAAUGUUUGAAAAAUUUAAAACAGCAAUCCUGUCCAAUAAAACAGCUUAGGGGAAUACAUCACACUCUUGGUUCAACUCACAUUGAUAUGUCUGAACGUUCAUGGAUGCAUCUCUAAGCAUAUUUAUUCUGGAGGACCCCUUAGUCAUCUCUGGUAAUUAUUUCUGACUAGCAAGAUGUAUAAGGAUGUAAAACUACUGUGUUUUGAUUAUGGCACACAACAUGCCAGUUCCAAUGUGAAGAGUUUGAGCUUGGUGAGAAUCUUUGAAUACCAUUGCUCAGUGUCAUAUAAAAAAAUCAAAUUACAUUUAGAUUCAUUUAUCUUAUAUAUUUCUGAUGCAUAUAACAGUGUCUUCUGAACAGCAUUGGCUUCCUUAGAUAUCAAUCAAAAGUUAUUCCCAACAGUGUAAAUAACAUAGUUUAAUGAGGGACUGGUGAGCUUUCCCGCUGAGCUUCAAAAUGUUUGGAACCUCUUCAAAUUGUAGUAGUGAUUUGUCAUGCAGAGUGGGGGCUUAUUUUUUAAAAAAUGCAAUGGACUUUUGACUGAUAAACCAGUGAUGGAUGGAUUUUUCCCUAGGACAUCACUAGAAUAGUCUUUUAUUUAUUUUUUGGACAUUCAAGAUAGAGAUUUUGCAUAAUUCAAAGCUCACAUCCAGCAUUUUAAAUAGGUAGUUGGCAUCACAUUACCAGCUAGGUGUUUCCUCUUGUGGUUGUUGUGUCAUUAACCAUUAAUGGAUAUAUAAUUGGACAAGAAAUCCAAGGCAUUACAUCUAUGGCUACUACUCCUAAAAUCCCUGCUCUUCAAUGGCUGGAGAACAUGUUGGCUGGAGGAUUUGUAAUCCAAUUUUUGCCAAGUUCUAGAAACUGUUGGCUAAACCCUGCCCGAGAAAGGCUAAGUUUUGUAUAAUGUGGUGAUGCAUAGGAUUAAAUGGUAAAAAGAUGAAGAUGGGCAUUGAAAGUCUUAACGUUUUGACAGAAACACAUGGAUAUGCUGUGUUGUCUUCUGAAAUGAUCAGGCUCUGGCUGCAAUAUGCCUGCGAGUCAGAAUACCAGUUUGGUGCUCUUUUUCGGCACCGCGUGAGGCUUUUGUUUCUGGUAUUUUUUUUUGUAAGAUUCCUCCUCUUAAUCUGAAAUCUUAUGCACCAGAUAUGUAUGUGUUUGUAUCCUGCCGUGCAUUCUUUUUUGUUAUUUAUGUUUUGGUACUGGCUUGGUACAGUCUUUCUAAUGUGUAUGCUGUUGAAACAGAAUGUAAUGUCUGUUACACUUUAUGAAGUAUCUGUUUUGUGACUGUAUGUUUGAUUUUUUAAAAAACUCAUUAAACCUUUUCAGCAUUCACCCAA